GCCCCGGGUGUGCAGUGCCCGUCCCCUUCCCGCUCCCCGAGCGGCUUGUGCCAUGGAGGUGACUUGGAUCAGGUGGGGACUCCUGUUGUGGGCCGGGGUGUUCGCGUCCUCGGUGCACAGCAGGGUGAGAAGGAUCACCUAUGUGGUGCGUCCGGGCCAGAGCGGCUCCUCUGACGCCGGGGUCGCUGGGGCUACGGGGCAGCUGGGCUCUGCCCUGACUCUAGGAGGGCAUCAGAGGCAACAGAGAACUUUCAAUGUUGCGCUCAACACCCGCUACAGCAGCAGCAGCAGUAGCAGCAGCAGUAGCAGCAGCAGCAGCAGGAGCACACAGGAACGGACCCGCAGGAUGAGCAAACCAAGCACGCCAAGCGUGCAAGUUCUCCGGCAGCCGCAGCCCCCGCAGGAGCCCCCGCUCGGCUUGGGCCCCGGCGUGCAGCACCAUCCCAAGCCCGUUGGCCACCCUUCGGCGGCGCAGUUAACCAAACCCGGCAGGCACGUUGUGCGCUCCAAACUCCAACAGGAGACCCACAGCAGCAGCUCCAGCUCCAGCUUGCAAGUUCACCAGAAGCAACAGCUGCAGGGGGUGAAUGUCUGUGGAGGGCAGUGCUGUCAAGGCUGGAGCAAAGCCCCUGGUUCUCAGAGGUGCACCAAACCAAACUGCAUCCCACAGUGCCAAAAUGGAGGGAUGUGUCUGCGACCUCAGCUGUGCGUAUGCAAACCAGGGACAAAAGGCAAGGCCUGUGAGAAUACAAUUGUACAAGACUCUCCUUCCAUCUCUGCCUCUGGCAGUCAGGGCCCUGGGCCUUCUUCAUGGAUCAUCCCAGAGCAGGCUAUGCAGCAUUCUUCAUCUCAGAAAAUGGAGAUUGCACAGAGAGUCAGCCCUGUGGCUCAAAUGACCUUUACUCUGAAGCCGAAGACUUCAGUAGGAAUCUCUCAACAGAUGCAUUCACAAGUGACACCCCUUUCCUCACAGAAUUUGAUGAUUCAUCAUGGUCAGAUGCAGGAGUAUGUGAUCAAGCCCAAGUAUUUUCCAGCUCAGAAAAUGAUUUCAGGAGAACAGUCCACUGAAGGCUCAUUACCUCUACGAAUGAGGCAGGAUCAUAUUGUAUCACCUUUUCAGUUGAGUAACCACACUGGCCGCAUCAAGGUGGUCUUUACUCCAAGCAUCUGUAAAGUGACCUGCACUAAGGGCAGUUGUCAGAAUAACUGUGAGAAGGGGAAUACCACCACUCUCAUUAGUGAAAAUGGGCAUGCGGCAGACACUUUGACAGCCACAAACUUCCGAGUAGUAAUUUGUCACCUUCCAUGUAUGAAUGGAGGUCAGUGCAGUUCAAGGGACAAAUGCCAGUGCCCUCCGAAUUACACUGGGAAGCUAUGCCAGAUCCCAGUACAUGGUGCUAAUGCCCCUAAACUCUACCAGCAUCCUCAGCAAUCAAACAAAGGCUUGGGAACACACAUCGUUCACUCUACACAUACCCUUCCUCUGACUAUGACAGGCCAGCAAGGAGUCAAAGUGAAAUUCCCCCCAAACAUAGUGAAUAUCCAUGUGAAACAUCCACCAGAGGCCUCAGUACAGAUUCAUCAGGUUUCAAGAAUUGAUGGCUCCACGGGCCAAAAGGUGAAAGAAAGCCAACCAGGCCAGUCACAAAUCUCUUAUCAAGGAGUACCCAUUCAGAAGACUCAAACGAUACAUUCAACAUACUCUCAUCAGCAACUCGUUCCUCAUGUAUAUCCUGUUGCAGCUAAGACUCAGCUGGGAAGGUGCUUCCAGGAAACCAUUGGAUCACAGUGUGGUAAAGCACUCCCUGGACUUUCAAAGCAAGAAGACUGCUGUGGGACCGUGGGCACUUCAUGGGGUUUUCACAAAUGCCAGAAAUGUCCCAAGAAGCCAGCUUACCCAGUGUACAGCCAAAUGAUGGAGUGCCCUCAAGGUUACAAGAGAGUCAAUGCCACCUUUUGCCAAGACAUUAAUGAAUGCCAGAUGCAAGGAGCAUGCCCUAAUGGUGAGUGUUUGAAUACACUGGGCAGCUAUAGGUGCACCUGCAAACUGGGAUUUGUGCCAGAUCCUACAUUGUCAACUUGUAUCCCUGACAAUCCUGUAAUCUCUGAAGAAAAAGGACCCUGCUACAGACUUGUCAAUUCAGGAAGACAGUGUAUGCACCCCCUUUCUGUUCAGCUCAGCAAGCAGCUCUGCUGUUGCAGCGUUGGGAAGGCAUGGGGACCACAUUGUGAGAAGUGUCCCCUUCCAGGAACAGCUGCUUUUAAAGAAAUCUGUCCUGGUGGAAUGGGUUAUACAGUUUCUGGCGUUCAUAGACGCAGGCCAGUUCAUCACCAUAUAGGUAAAGGACCUAUAUAUAUCAAGCCCAAGAACAUCCAACCUGUUGCUAAAAGUACUCAUCCUCCACCUCUCCCAGCAAAAGAAGAGCCAGUGGAGGCGCUGACCUUCUCCCAGGAAAAAGGGCCUCAGGUGGAUGUGCAAGUGGCAACUGCAGCUCCUGAGAAGGAAUUAGUUGACCAAGAAAAAACCAAACUUGAACCAGGUCAACCGCAGCUGUCUCCUGGCAUUUCAACCAUUAACCUACAUCCACAGUAUCCAGUAGUGAUUGAAAAAACAUCACCUCCUGUACCUGUUGAGGUUGCUCCUGAAGCUUCUACAUCAAGUGCCAGCCAAGUGAUUGCACCCACUCAAGUAACAGAAAUCAAUGAAUGUACAGUGAAUCCAGAUAUCUGUGGAGCAGGACAUUGCAUUAAUUUGCCAGUGAGAUAUACUUGUAUCUGCUAUGAGGGAUACAAAUUCAGUGAACAUCAAAGAAAAUGUGUUGACAUUGAUGAAUGUACUCAGAUUCACCAUCUUUGCUCCCAGGGGCGAUGUGAAAAUACUGAAGGAAGUUUCUUAUGUAUUUGCCAAGCAGGCUAUAUGGCCAAUCCAGAGGGAACUGACUGUAUAGAUGUUGAUGAAUGUCUGAGACCAGAGACAUGUGGGGAUGGAUACUGUAUAAAUACUAUUGGUGCUUUUAAAUGUGAAUAUUGUGACAGUGGGUAUCGAAUGAACAGAAGAGGCCAGUGUGAAGAUAUUGAUGAAUGUUUAACUGCAAGUACUUGUCCAGAUGAACAAUGCAUUAACACUCCUGGAUCUUACCAAUGUGUUCCUUGCACAGAAGGAUUCAGAGGCUGGAAUGGACAGUGUCUCGAUAUUGAUGAGUGCUUGGAUCCAAAAGUAUGCAGGAAUGGCAGCUGUUCCAACCUUGAGGGUUCUUACAUGUGUACGUGCCACAAAGGUUACAACCCAACUCCUGAUAGAAAGCAAUGCAAAGAUAUUGAUGAAUGUCAGCAUGGUAACCUUUGCAUUCAUGGGCACUGCAAAAACACAGAGGGUUCAUUCAAGUGUACUUGUGGAAAAGGGUAUCAUCUGUCUGCAGCAAAAGACCAAUGUGAAGAUAUUGAUGAAUGUGAGCACCACCAUCUGUGCACAAAUGGACAAUGUAGAAAUACAGAAGGAUCUUUCAGGUGCUUAUGUGAUCAGGGUUACAGAGCAUCUGCAGUAGGAGACCAUUGUGAAGAUAUCAAUGAAUGCUUGGAGGACAGCAGUGUUUGCCAGGGAGGAGACUGCACUAAUACUGAAGGUUCUUAUAAAUGUACUUGUUCCAGUGGCUUCCAGCUAAUUAACAAUAAGGAAUGUCAAGAUAUUAAUGAAUGUGAGCAAAAAGACCUCUGUGGUCCUCAUGGAGAAUGUCUAAAUACAGAUGGUUCUUUUCACUGCAUCUGUGAACAAGGUUUCUCCAUUUCUGCAGAUGGCCAAACAUGUGAAGAUAUUGAUGAAUGUGUAAACAACACUAUUUGUGACAGUCAUGGUUUUUGUGACAAUACAGCUGGUUCCUUCCGCUGUCUCUGUUAUCAGGGCUUUCAGGCCCCACAGGAUGGACAAGGGUGUGUAGAUGUGAAUGAAUGUGAAAUGCUUAGUGGAAUAUGUGGUGAAGCCUUCUGUGAAAAUGUAGAAGGAUCCUUCCUCUGUAUGUGUUCUGAUGAAAACCAGGAGUAUAAUCCUAUGACUGGACAGUGCCGCUCCAGAUCCUCAACAGAGGCAGAAGUAGAUCUACCUGAAGAAGAAAAAGAAGAAAAGAAAGAAUGCUACUAUAAUUUAAAUGACGCCAAUUUCUGUGAUAAUGUGCUGACAUCCAAUGUUACUAAGCAAGAAUGCUGCUGUACAUUGGGUGCUGGAUGGGGAGAUAACUGUGAGAUCUUCCCAUGUCCUGUCUUUGGAACUGCUGAAUUCACUGAAAUGUGUCCUGAAGGAAAAGGUUUUAUUCCUACUGGCCACUCAUCCUAUAGUGUCACUGGUCAAAACUACAAAGAUGCAGAUGAAUGUCAGCUUUUUGGUCAAGAAAUCUGCAAACAUGGCUUUUGUUUGAACACUCAGCCUGGCUAUGAAUGCUACUGCAAGCAAGGAACAUAUUAUGAUCCAGUCAAAUUGCAGUGUUUUGAUAUGGAUGAAUGUCAGGACCCAAACAGUUGUAUUGAUGGUCAGUGCAUAAAUACUGAAGGAUCUUAUAACUGCUUCUGUACCCAUCCAAUGGUGCUGGACUCUACAGAAAAGAGAUGUAUAAGGCCAACGGAUUCAAAUGAACAAACGGAAGAAACUGAUGUCUACCAGGAUCUUUGUUGGGAACACCUCAGUGAUGAGUAUGUUUGUAGCCGACCACUGGUUGGGAAGCAGACAACUUACACUGAAUGUUGCUGUUUGUAUGGAGAGGCCUGGGGCAUGCAGUGUGCUCUUUGCCCUAUGAAGGAUUCAGAUGAUUAUGCCCAACUGUGCAACAUUCCAGUCACAGGACCUCGGCGGCCAUAUGGACAGGAUGCUUUGGUUGACUUCAAUGAACAUUAUUCUCCAGAAACAGAUCCUUACUUUGUUCAGGACCGUUUCUUAAAUAGUUUUGAGGAGUUGCAGGCAGAAGAAUGUGGCAUUCUCAAUGGAUGUGAAAAUGGCCGCUGUGUUAGAGUACAGGAGGGAUAUACAUGUGACUGCUUUGAUGGCUAUCACUUAGAUAUGACCAAGAUGACUUGUGUUGAUGUAAAUGAAUGUGAUGAACUGAACAACCGGAUGUCACUCUGCAAAAAUGCCAAGUGCAUUAACACAGAAGGUUCAUACAAAUGUUUGUGUCUGCCUGGCUAUGUUCCUUCAGAUAAACCCAACUACUGCACACCACUGAAUCCAGAAAAAGACAGUGACUUGGAGUAGAGAAAAAUCAUUAGAACUCAAGCACAUAUACUCUGCACUGUAUAAAGAAAAAGAAGUAUAUUAUACUUGAGACAUUGCACCUGCUCAAGAAGACUGGCAGUUUGGAAAAUAAAAACGAAUUGUUAUUCAUUUAGAUGAAAUGGCAAGAUUAAUAGCUACCAGCUUGCCUAAAGUGGCAGACCAAAUGGACAUUUCUCUGUGUGGAAGAAAAGCAAAUAUAUAUAGUCUGUUCAUAUGUAAAAUUCAGUGGAAAAAUAGACAGAACAAUGCUGUUAUUUUUAACAGAAGGGAGAUUGUUUUGUUUUUGAAAACUAUUGCUUGAUUAAAUUUGACAUUUAAAUAGUGGUGGAAAUAUUUUAUGUUACUUCUGCAUUUUUAUCGUGCAGUUUCUUGGCUACUGUUUUUCUUCAGAUUUUUUUAACCUAAAGUGCAAAUUCUUUGAUAAACUAUUGUUAAGCCAUUUUAUAAGUACUGUUAAUAGGGUUAUGCUACUUCUGGUCUGAAAUAUUGGUCAGUGACUUCUAAAAUGCUUAUUGUCUGUCCUGUGGAGCAGACACUGUUAUUUUUUUUGUUUGUUUCAAACUUUUUAUACAUCUUGGAGAAAAGCCCUUUAUAUUCAUGUUGUAAUCUGUCUGCUUUUUUUUACUGCACAGAAAUCUCUGUGCACCCUCUUGGUCAAGCUGCUAGCAGACACCAGUUGGAAACAUUUGUACAUUGAAAUGGAAGAACUCAAGAAUUCAUGUCUGUAUUGUAAUGUUUAAACUAAACACAGAAAAAUUCUUAUGAUUUACCCCUAACAUACUAAGACUGUAUAUAAAACAGUAAAAUAAAUCACCUUUUUUUUUAGAAAAGAAAA